AUGAAGAUUUAUUAUAUCGGCAUCCUAAAGGUCAAGGACUCUGUUGUGGAGCUUGCUGCCGCCAGAGAUCUCUCCCAGUUCUCGUUCUUCGAAAGAUCCUCGGUGUCUCAGUUCAUGACAUUCUUUUCGGAAACAGUUUCCCAAAGAACGGCAGCAGGUCAGAGACAAAGUAUUGAAGAAGGCAACUACGUUGGCCAUACUUACACAAGGCUGGAAGGUUUAUCAUGUGUUGUGAUUACAGAUAAGGAAUACCCCGUGAGACCCGCGUAUACUUUAAUCAACAAGAUUUUAGAGGAAUACCUUUCUUUGCAUCCUGCUAAUGAGUGGAGCUCUGCUACAGAGACUAACCCAUCAUUUUCCUUCGACAAGUUGGAUCAGUAUAUCAAGAAGUACCAGGAUCCCUCCCAGGCUGACUCAAUCAUGAAAGUGCAACAAGAGUUGGACGAGACGAAGAUUGUGUUGCAUAAAACAAUCGAGUCUGUUUUGCAAAGAGGUGAGAAAUUAGAUACUUUGGUGGACAAAAGUGAAGCACUUUCUUCGUCGUCCAGAAUGUUUUACAAGCAGGCCAAGAAGACAAACUCCUGCUGCGCUAUUGUCUAG